AAUUUUGACUGAUUAAGAGAGAUAAUAGAAAGUGAAAGUGAAGGCGAAGGUUGAGAAGAACGACGGGGGCCUUUAGGAUAGAGUUGUGGUUGCUGUGCCUUCCUUGCCGGUGCCUUCAUUUUCCUUUCCAUCCUCUUUCUCUCACCUAUCUUCCAACGGAUCUCCUCUCUUUUCCUUGUUUUGUUUGUUUCAUUACAUUCUCUUUGUUGUAGGCAGAGACGUAUUCCCAGAACUCCUGAAUUUACUCACCAUCCAUCAAUAUAAUCUAAAUCUAAACAAGAGAAGCAAAUUCAUCAUUCAAAUCACAGCUUGGAAUUGAGAUCUCAAUGGAAAGCGAGAAGAAACCGUCGGCGGUGUCAGAUGUGGGAGCGUGGGCCAUGAACGUCAUAAGCUCCGUUGGAAUUAUCAUGGCCAACAAGCAGCUCAUGUCCUCCUCCGGUUACGCUUUCAGCUUUGCCACAACAUUAACGGGGUUCCACUUCACUGUAACGGCUUUGGUGGGUUUGGUGUCGAAUGCAACUGGAUUGUCCGCAUCUAAGUAUGUUCCUAUGUGGGAGCUUCUCUGGUUCUCUGUUGUGGCCAAUAUGUCUAUUGCCGGCAUGAACUUUAGUCUGAUGCUCAAUUCUGUUGGGUUCUACCAAAUCUCCAAAUUGAGUAUGAUUCCUGUGGUCUGUGUCAUGGAAUGGAUUAUUAACAAUAAACACUACUCAAGAAAAGUGAAAAUGUCUGUUGUCGUUGUUGUUAUUGGUGUGGGUGUUUGCACCGUCACUGAUGUCAAAGUUAAUGCCAAAGGUUUUCUUUGUGCCUGUGUAGCCGUCUUCUGUACAUCUUUGCAGCAAAUUGUGAGUACUUUUUGAUUAUAUUAUUAUUAUAUCCACUGGAUUGGCAUUUGGUUUUUUAGACCCGUGAUUCCAUAAAUUUGCUUGUUAUAUCUUAUUGGUUCCUUUCAUGAUGUUUUUCCAGUUUCUAUGAAGCAAUAUGUUAUGUUCGUUAAUUAUAAUUAAGGUAAACUAAUUGACUCAUGUGGUGAUUUGAGGUAUUAUGAAUUAGUACAUGUAAUCGAAUCACAAAUUGUUUGGCUGUAUAUAAGUUCUGCUGAGUGAGAGCUGAGAAGUGGAUCGCACCUAUAAAUGUGUUAGGUGGUGUUUGUUUUUUAUUUUUGGUCUGCUGUUUGAAUGCAUAAAUUUCAAUGAUAUGUGUGUCUUUAUUUUCUCAUGUAUAAGUUUGUUUAUCUCCUAGAGAAGAAAUAUCUGUAAACUAAUAAUUUAACAUUCCUCGUGAACAUAGUGUUAUUUGUAUUUUUCCUAUCAAAAUAAUUA